UGAAUGGGCCUACGUGUGGUGCUACCAGAGUUACGAUAUUAGAAUACGAUCUACAAUGGUCAAUUAUUGCACAGUAUUUGUAUACAGCUGAUUCGUUGUUAACGCUCUGGCGCCCUGAAGUUAUAAAAAUGAACGAGAGUGAUAGUUGUGAAGAGGAUAAUACGUUCUAUUUUGAAAGUGAUCAUCUAGCUUUACGUGGUAAUGCGGAUUACACAAAUAUGCUGCGCACUAUAGCCGUACUAGAGGUGCAAAGAAUGCGUGUGCAUAAACAGUUAGAGGAAUUAGAGUUGGCAAAACAGCGUUAUUUAAAUGACCCAGAGUUACUGCUGCAAAAACUGCGAAAUAAUGAGGAAAUUAUAGCGCCCAACUAUAUGACUAUUGAAAAGUUGCCAGAAAUCACUACCAAUUUGGACUUGCUACCGCCUGUGGACAUCAACAUUAAAGAAGAACCUGAUUCUGAUACAAAACCGGCAACAGUGCGUGGACGCGUUGUAGACGAGUCUAAGCCCGAGACAUUUAAUCAGUUGUGGUCGUGCGAAGAGCAACGUCGACUCGAAGAGUUGCUUAUCGAAUAUCCCGCUGAAGCGAUCGAAAGUCGUCGUUAUGUAAAAAUUGCCAAAGCUUUGGGUAAUCGUACACCACAACAAGUGUGUAGUCGUGUGCAGAAAUAUUUUCAAAAAUUACACGAUGCUGGUUUACCCAUACCGGGACGUCGGCCAAAAAAUCGGCGCGGUGGACAAUCGAAAGCGAAGCACUUCUUUCGCCCGACUACUUUCUUCCCAGCCUUUAACGUGCCUGUACACAUGCCAGACGAUGACUUCUUAAUGGGUGAUUUACAAACGUCGAGUUCGUCAUUGCCAACAGAUACUCGUAAGGUUUCAACGGAAACGCUACUGAAAGAUGCGAUUGCGAACGGUAUUGAGGUGCAAAACGAUGACGAUCGUGAACGUGUGAUAAAAAUUUUGACAAUUAUUAAGGAUGAGAAAUUGAAAACACCUGAAGGAUAUAAUCCAGAUCCACUAGCUGCCAUGUGUGAAACAUGUUGUGUAAGCGCCAUUUCACGUUUACAUUGGCGUUGCAAUACUUGUUAUAGAUAUUUGAAUCAAUGUUCUGAUUGUAUUGUGACCCAAUUAUUGGCACACAACUUCGAACAUCUAUCACACGAUGUAGUGACCGAGAGUGAUUUGUAGCAACCGCAUAAUUGAGCUAACUGCUCGUACGCCCGAGUUUAAUGUUUAAACAAUAAUCAUUUUCAACGAAAUGUUUUUUUUUUUUUUAAUACAUAUUUUAAACGGCUUCGACUGCAAUUGUAAUCGUUAUUGAAAGUCGGUUCUAAGUUCACUAAACGAUACAACAAUAUUAAGAUUAGUCAAUAAACUAAUUUGAAGAAUAACAUAGCUACUUUUAAGUAUUUCUACAGACACCAAAUGUGCUAAGGUGAGGCUUUAAUACCAUUAUUUUUCAUUUAAAUAAAAUUUAUUUAAUUAGUGUCAGAUUUUACAUCACCGCCAUCAUCAAAUCGAACUAUAGUUUAUUUCCUUAUUUAUUUAUAGCUUUAAAAGCCACAUGCAAUUCAAAGUAUCAACAGUUUUCUUCAAUCCAAUCAAGUAUAAAUCAAGCUAUUCAAAUAUACUCAUACAAAUUUUAAUUCAUCAGUUCAUUUCAAGAUAUAUACCAAUUUAUUUUAAUCACAACUAUUAAUUAAGAUUGGUAAGUUUAAUUUACUAUUUAAUUGUUAGCAAAGCUGUGGUAAUAAGUUGGGGUUAUGUUGCCUCUUUUUUUUUUAGCAGUAGAUCCGCUAAAAUCGGUAGCCUUUAAAUUUUGUUUAUUCUGUUUUUCUUUACUUUGCCGACUGCUUACUACUCGGCGUCGUAUAAAUGUAGUAAUAUAUAUAUUCGUAGUGUCUGAAUAUUAUUAACUAAUUUUUGUAAGGCCUUUUUGGCAGUAAUCAAUUUGUAAAUUAUAUAACUAUUUCCUCAAAUACAUCAUUUUCAAAUGUAAA